AUGAAUCUCAAGAUCUUUAUACUUGGAAUUCCAAUAGCCCUCAUCCCAGCUUUCCUGGCUGGUCCCAGUAAGAUCCCAUGUGAAGCUUGCAAAAAGAAAAUACCUGGUGCAGUACAGAUCAUGGACAGACAAGGACGCCCUGAGAAAGAUGACUGUGGUGAACAAUUGGCAGAAGGUGUCUUGUGUAAAGCCCAACGUAUAAAGUACUACUAUAGAUGUAAAGACACCAAUUGCCAAGCAUUAACCGUCAAAAACAAGCAAUGUGUGUAUGAGCAAAGGGAUCCCUGUGACCAUGAGAACAGAUGGGUGUUUGAACCUCCAAUAACUGCCAAUCCUGAAUCCUCCUCUUCAGAAAUAGUUAUACCCUCUGAGGACAUCAAUGGCUACACGUAUUACCACUUCAACCUAAAGUGA